AGUUCAGUCUCUUGUGUACUGCACAGAUAAUAGUAUCAUAUUCAACAUUCCCAGGGAGAGAGAGAGAAAGAUUUGCAGAAAUGCAGAGAAAUUUGAGUCUUGCUGUUGAAGAAGGUGGAAGUGAUGAUUCCAAGUACGACGAAGAUGGUCACAUCAAACGAACUGGAAAUGUGUUUACGGCGAGCGCUCACAUCAUAACGUCCAUAAUUGGGUCGGGAGUUUUGUCUCUGGCAUGGGCUAUUGCGCAGCUAGGAUCCGUCGCCGGACCGGUGGCUAUGGUGGCCUUCGCCGUCAUCACUUUGUACACCUCGCUCUUGCUCGCCGACUGCUACCGGUCACCGGACGGCAAACGGAACUACACUUACAUGGACGCUGUUAGAACUCAUCUAGGUGGCAUGAAGUUCAAGCUUUGUGGGCUAGCUCAAUAUGCUACUCUGAUUGGCCUCAGCAUUGGAUAUGCCAUCACCACAGCUUUAAGCUUGCAGGCAAUUGCAAGAACCAACUGUUACCAUUUCCAUGGCCGAGGCACUGCGAAUUGCAUUCCAUCAAAACGAAACUUCAUACUCAUGUUUGGAGCAGUGCAGGUUCUGCUUAGCCAGAUUCCAAAUUUUCACCAGCUUUCCUUUCUCUCCAUAGUUGCUGCCAUCAUGUCUUUUGGUUACUCCUCCAUUGGGCUUGGCCUCUCUGCAGCUCAAAUCGCGAGUGGAGUGGAAGUGAAGUUGAGUGCGACGGGGGUGCCUGUUGGAGCGAACCAUUCGAUCAAAGACAAAAUGUUUAGUACCUUCUCUGCAUUGGGAAACAUUGCCUUAGCCUUUGCUUUCUCUUUUGUUCUGAUUGAGAUACAGGACACGUUGAGAUCUUCCCCGAGAGAGAGGAGGGCGAUGAAGCAGGCGACGAGCGUUGGAAUCCUGGUGGCCAGCGUCUUCUACUUGCUGUGCGGGAUACUGGGAUACCUGGCAUUUGGAAAUCAUGCUCCUGGGAACCUCUUGACAGAUGAUCAUGGUUUCUACGAGCCCUUCUGGGUCGUCGACUUGGCCAACGUUUGCAUUAUCGUGCACCUGGUUGGAGCCUACCAGGUGUUUUCGCAGCCAUUUUUUGCACUGGUGGAGUCCUGGAGCAGAACAAAAUGGAUGGGAUCUCAGUUCAUAACACAAGAACACACUGUCCAUAUCCCAUUUGCAGGAGAUUGGAGGUUUAGUCCUUUCAGGCUGGCAUGGAGAACAGCAUAUGUAGUGUUCACAACUGUUGUGGCCUUAAUCUUCCCUUUCUUCAAUGCCAUUCUUGGCCUCCUGGGAUCCAUUGCUUUCUGGCCUCUCACCAUUUACUUCCCCAUCGAAAUGUACAUUUCGCAGGCAAAGAUCCCGAGACUCUCCUUCACAUGGAUUUGGCUGCAGAUUCUGAGUCUCUCCUGCUUCGUCGUCUCAGUUAUUGCUGCAGUCGGAUCAGUUCGGGAUCUAAUCGAUUCUGUCAUGCAUUUCAAGCCCUUUGAAUAGAACCCCAGAAGCUCAUGGCUCAUAUAAUUCACAAUACAAUCUUCUGAGAAGUGUGGCAGAAACACAGAAAACUUCACAGUAACUCAUCAUCUGCUGUGGAAGGACUAACUAGCUUCUGAGAACUCAGGCAGGGAUAUAUACAAUGUAUAUUGUAUAGAGAGUCAAUAACAAGUUAAAUCUCAUAAUAAUAUAAAUUUAUUGUUUUAUGAUGGGUCAAAAUAAGUUCAUAUGUCUCCGGGUGUAAAUUAUCUUGUCAAGUUGAAUGAAAGUUAGACAAUCUAAAAUUGUUGGAAUAUUACAAAGAAUUGUAGUGAUUGAA